CGGCACCUCGUAUCCCGCGGAGCUGGGCGGGACUCCGGGGACGGGGCGGACCCCGCGAGCGCCCGCCCCUUUUCUCUCCCCGCCUCCUUCCCGCUCCGCGUACAGCCCAGCGGCGCAGUGGGCCGAGCUCCGGCGAGAGGGGGCGGGUGCCAGCCGGUGACAACCGCUGCCCGCCCCUGCGGCCAGCCACGUCCCUCACGUACCAUUCGGCGGUGUAGCGGAGCGGGGAACUGGCGCCUCGGCUUUGGUUCUUCCGGCGGGGCUCGGCAUGAGGCUGGCGCGGCUGCUUAGCGGAGCUGCCUCGACCGGCCCCAGCCCGAGGCUGCGUGCCGCCGGCCCCGGCGUCACCCGCAGCCUCAGCUCGGACUCGGGCUCCGGCCCGGCGUCAGAGCGCGGCGUUCCGGGCCAGGUGGACUUCUACGCGCGCUUCUCGCCGUCCCCGCUCUCCAUGAAGCAGUUCCUGGACUUCGGAUCAGUGAAUGCUUGCGAAAAGACAUCAUUUAUGUUUCUGCGGCAAGAGUUGCCUGUCAGACUGGCAAAUAUAAUGAAAGAAAUAAGUCUCCUCCCAGACAAUCUUCUCCGGACACCAUCUGUUCAAUUAGUACAAAGCUGGUAUAUCCAGAGUCUUCAGGAGCUUCUUGAUUUUAAGGACAAAAGCGCUGAGGAUGCUAAAGCUAUUUAUGACUUUACAGAUACUGUGAUACGGAUCAGAAACCGACACAAUGAUGUCAUUCCCACAAUGGCCCAGGGUGUGAUUGAAUACAAGGAGAGCUUUGGGGUGGAUCCUGUCACCAGCCAGAAUGUUCAGUACUUUUUGGAUCGAUUCUACAUGAGUCGCAUUUCAAUUAGAAUGUUACUCAAUCAGCACUCUUUAUUGUUUGGUGGAAAAGGCAAAGGAAGUCCAUCUCAUCGAAAACACAUUGGAAGCAUAAAUCCAAACUGCAAUGUAGUUGAAGUUAUUAAAGAUGGCUAUGAAAAUGCUAGGCGUCUGUGUGAUUUGUAUUAUAUUAACUCUCCCGAACUAGAACUUGGAGAACUAAAUGCAAAAUCACCAGGACAGCCAAUACAAGUGGUUUAUGUACCAUCCCAUCUCUAUCACAUGGUGUUUGAACUUUUCAAGAAUGCAAUGAGAGCAACUAUGGAGCACCAUGCUGACAAAGGUGUUUACCCCCCUAUUCAAGUUUAUGUCACGCUGGGUAAUGAAGAUUUGACUGUGAAGAUGAGUGACCGAGGAGGUGGUGUCCCUUUGAGGAAAAUUGACAGACUCUUCAACUACAUGUAUUCAACUGCACCCAGACCUCGUGUUGAGACUUCCCGGGCAGUGCCCCUGGCUGGUUUUGGUUAUGGAUUGCCCAUAUCACGUCUUUACGCACAAUACUUCCAAGGAGACCUGAAGCUAUAUUCUCUAGAGGGUUACGGGACAGACGCAGUUAUCUACAUUAAGGCUCUGUCAACAGACUCAAUAGAAAGACUCCCAGUAUAUAACAAAGCUGCAUGGAAGCAUUACAACACAAACCACGAGGCUGAUGACUGGUGCGUCCCCAGCAGAGAACCCAAAGACAUGACCACCUUCCGCAGUGCCUAGAAACACUUGGGACAUCCAGAAAAUCCAAAUGUGGUUUUUGUAUUAAAUUUGGAAGGUAUGGUGUUCAGAACUAUAUUAUACCAAAUACUUCAUUUGUCAUUUUCACAAAACUAUUUGAGUAGAAUACGUGGAAACGGAAUUCCAUUUGUGCCCAUUAAGCACAAAUAUUUACACUUAUAUUUUCACAGUUAAUUGAACAUAUUUUUAAACAACUAUAGUUUUGGUCAACUUCUCGCUUUAUGGUAGGCUUCAGAAGUAUGGAAAUCUUUGGGUUUCUACAGGAAACUAGUUUUUUUUUUAAAGAAAUACUUCUCAUUUAUGUUUUCUAGAAACAUUUUUUAAAUAAUAGUGAUUAGCUAGUUAGCGAUCUUGUUAUUUAGAGGAGUUCUGCCAUCUUUUAUUCGGUAGUGACAGCUAUAAUACGGUCUUCAUGUUUAUCAGCGGCUGACUACAAGUAAAGCAGAAAACAGUCGCCUGUGACAACAGAACCAGCCACCAGCGGUCUAUAUGCGUUGUCUUAGCUCUAAGGUUAAUUUAUCAUUUUUAAAUCUUAUUGUAAAGAAGUUUAAUGACUAGCUCUCUGUGGAUCUAUGCCAAAAUCUUGGGGUCUGUUCUAAGUGUACUUGUAAUUAAUGCAACGGGGAAUUUUUAUACUGAAAACAAACAAACUAGCAGCUACUAAAAUACAGAAGAAAUUGAGGACAAAGCAGUAUGUCUCCAAAACUGAACUGAUCACUUGUUGAGGUUACCUUGAAAGCUUUUGGAAAAAAAAAUAGUUUUUCUGUGUCCCACUCCAGACGUACUGAAUCAGAAUCCCUAGGGCUAGAGCCUAGGAAUCUCAGUUUUUAAAAUGUUUCCUAGGUGAGUCUGAUGCCUACCCUGGGUGGGGAACCACUCUUAGAGUGAAUAGUGAUGACACAGCAUUUGCUAAGGUAACAGAUCUGUAGGUUUUGGUUUCCAUCUACUUAAAGUCAGAUUUAUAGACUCAAGGAGACAGAAACUGAAUCUCACACCUGGUGCAAUUAGAAGCAUAAUUAGAAGCAGAAGAACAAAAUGACGGGUAACCAAAGCGUCAGCGCCAUAAUUGCACGUGUCUCUUUUUUCUUUUUCUUUUUCUUUUCUUUUUUUUUUUUUGAAACAGGGUCUUGCUCUUUUGCUCAGGCUGGAGUGCAGUGGUAUGGUAGGGCUCACUGCAGCCUAAUCUUCAGGACUCAAGUAAUCCUCCCACCUCAGCCUCCCAUGUAGCUGGAACUACAGUUGUGCACUACCACACCCAGCUAACUUUUUAAUUUUUUGUAGAGAUGGGUUCUUAGUAUGUUCCCAGGCUAGUGUUGAACUCCUGAGUUCAAGAAAUCCUCCUGCCUGGGUCCCCGAAAGUGCUGGGAUUACAGGUGUGAGUCACCACACCUGGCCUAUUGCACAAGUCUUGACAAACAACAUAAAUUUUUUGAAAACUAUCCAGAUUUUGUUAUCAGGGAAAAGUCUGCUUAGGUUUAUUACAGCAGUCCUUUGCAUUCAUGUGGUAAUUUGUACUUUACAAAUACUUUGAUAUAGUAUAACUGUAUUUGUCUUUGAAACAAAGUGAUACAGCCUAGGCAGUAUCAUUCUCCUUCUCACUUAGUGUGACACAGAGUUGCUCAGAAUUGGAGCAGAGCCUGAACCGGCAGAUCCUGUUAUCAGCUGGCAAGUCCAGGAGACUGUGUCAUUUAGAGACUGUGUUGUUAGUUACACCUCAAUAUCUUUUAAGGUGGCAGGAAAAUACAUUGGAAAUAACAUAUUAAAGUAAAAAUUCCAAAAUUUAAAGAAGAGCUUUUCUAUUUAAACUGGGGAGCUUUGUCUGGAAAAUACAUUGAGUUGAAACAGUUUAUCCUUUGAAGGAUUACAGAUGAACAAUUGUGUAUAAAUGUGUGGAUUAGAGGGAUGUGAAUGGGCAGUUAGUCCAGUGCACCCAUUUAAGAGGCCAAGAUCCUGACUCAGAGGAGGUGCCAUUUGCCCAUAGCUUCUUAGCUAAUCUGACCAAAUGUUGGGAAAAAUAUCUCACCUAACCCACUAUUCCUUAAUUAUGGAUUUUGUGAAAAACAGUAGGACAUGUUAAUGAGUAAUUUAUAUCAGUUCGAUGUAUUACAAUUUUUCAGCUUUAAAUUACACUUUUCUUAUAAUGAUGAAAUGUUUUAAAAUCUUCUGAAUCAAAGUAUUUACUUGUUUCCUAAAUGAAACAUUUUUACAUUUGACGUUUUUUACUUAUGAAAUAUUUUUCUCCCCCAAGAAAAUUAAAACUUUGUCUAUUUAACAGCUGAGAACUGAUGUUUUAAAGGAAAAAUGAAGUUAUUUUUCUUUAGCUUCUUUUUAAAGUGAAACAGCUUUUUACUCUGUUAUUGUGGUAAUGGACAGAAAAUUACAUACAAAAAUAUUCUGGGAGAGCUUUCUUCUCGUUGCGUUUAAAUCAUUGUGCUACCUGAAAGGUUUUUAGAUUUUAUAGGAGCUAUUUUGUCCACCAGCAUUAAUGUGGCACAGUGUAGUUAUGAAAAUAUAUUGAAGGACAAGAAGUGGACACGAAGUGAUUUUUUUAACCUGGGCAUUUAAUUAAUGUGCCAGCGUUUUCUAGGAAGGAACAGCAAGAAUGUGCUUCGCUGUAGUUAAAACACUGGCUGGCUUUUGAUGUCCGUGCUUAAUUGUGGUCACUUUCUUGUACUGCGAUGUUUUUAUGUGAAUAUGUUGAAGUGGAAGUUUACCAUAUUAUUUUAUAAAAUGUUUUCUGUAUGGCAAUAAACUGAAAACAUGGAUCAACUCUUAUUUUGAAAAUAAACUGAGUCAGUUUGGCCUUUUAAAAAUAUAAUCAUCUCUUUUAAAUAGAAUCCUCUUCCAUCACCAAGGCUCAAUAUUUUGUAAAAAUUGGUAGUUAAGGGGCUUGCACUAAAUUUCACUAUCUUCAGUAGAAGAACUGUUUGGAAUUUAGAUUUCCAAUGUGUAUAUUCUAAUGGAGAAAGCAAGAGGGUAGAUUUUGUAUGUUUGACUAACCUUAGAUUUUUAUUAUCCAUAUAUAUCACAGAUGACUUGUUGCAUAAAUGAAGAUCUUCUGUUGUGUGAUUUUCAAACACUAAAUAAAUUUGAAAUUUGAAUAA